CCCCCAACACACACAUCGUGCGAGCGGUGCAGUGAAAUAUGAUCAGUGCAGCAGUAAAGCCACGCUUGGCUCAACUCUGCUCAGCUCUUCAGGGUCAGGGAUGCGCCGCACAAACAAAGACAGGAAGUUUCCGUGCAGCGGCUUGUAACUACUAUCCCCGCUUUUGUAUCUCGCCGCUCGCAGCUGCCACAUCACACAGUGUUGUCAAGCUGUCUCCUGCGUAAAGAAACAUGCUUUUAAGACUUUUGGGGUUGUUUCUGGCUUUGUCGGGAAGUUGUUGGUGCGCACCACAGCAGACCUGCCAUCCAGGAGACGAACUUUUGGGAAGAUGCAGUAACGGUGUGACCGAAGCAACACCGACCUGCACAGAGAUGCAUCUGAGCUACUGUAAUGAUGUAGGAUACACUAGAACAAUGUUUCCCAACAUCCUCGGCCACCGGACACGUAUGGAUGCCGAAUCGGGGGCAGAGUACCUUCUCCUGAGCGUCAUCCAUGGCCUGCUUAAUGGAGAAUGUUCCCCUGACAUCCGUCUCGUGGGCUGCUCGGUACUGGCGUCGCCCUGCCGUGACAACAAGAUGAUCAAGCCCUGUCGCAGCACGUGUGAGGCCCUGAGGAAGGACUGUGCUCACACCUUUGAGGCCAUACGCAUGGCCUGGCCAUACUUCCUGGACUGUGACCGCUUCUUUGCAAGUGACCGAGAAGGCUGCUUUGACCCACUGGCUGCCCUAAGAGCCAGACAGGUGCAAGAAAGGUCCAGCCUCUCGCCAGAUGAGCCCAGCACCAUCAUCCAGUUCACCCACACCACCAACAGUCAGAUGUACAGCUUACUGAAGAGAACGGCAGCCAAGUGUUCCCACAUCUCUCGUGUCUACAGCAUCGGCCGCAGCACUGAGGGCCGAGAUUUACUGGUCAUCGAAUUCAGCAACAAUCCUGGACAGCAUGACCUAUUGGAGCCAGAGGUCAAGCUCAUUGGCAACAUGCAUGGCAAUGAGGUACUCGGCCGGGAGCUGCUCAUCUACCUGGCUCAGUACUUGUGCUCCGAGUAUACCUUGGGAAACCCGCGGGUACAAACCAUCAUCAACACCACCCGCGUUCACAUCUUGGCCUCCAUGAACCCCGACGGCUACGAGCUUGCCGCUGCAGAGGUAGAGGAUAGCAAUGACCCGGAGCUCAUCAACCAGGAAGGUCACUUGCUGAACGGUUGGACUCAUGGCCGCACAAACGCCCAGAACAUUGACCUGAACCGCAACUUUCCUGACCUCACAUCGGUCUUCUACCGGAACCGUCGCAGCAGGCACUACCGAACCGAUCACAUCCCAAUUCCUGAUGGCUAUUGGUUUGACAAGGUGGCACCAGAGACCUUUGCGGUGAUGAAGUGGAUCAGGUCAAUUCCCUUUGUCCAGUCAGCCAGCCUCCAUGGAGGUGAGCUGGUGGUCUCUUAUCCCUUUGACUACUCCAGACACCCUCACGAGGAGAAGAUGUUCUCACCCACUCAAGAUGAACGGGUGUUUAAGCAACUGGCGCGUACGUACGCAGACGCCCAUGCCACUAUGUCAGACAAUGACACAGACAGGUGUGGAGCAAUUUUCUACCGAACGAAGGGCAUCAUCAACGGGGCACUGUGGUACAGUUUUCCUGGAGGUAUGUCAGACUUUAACUACCUGCACACAAAUUGUUUGGAGAUCACCGUCGAGCUGGGCUGUGACAAGUUCCCUUCCGAAGUCGAGCUUUACCCCGAAUGGAAGCGCAACAAGGAAGCUUUGCUCAGUUUUAUAGAGUCGGUCCAUCGGGGAAUUAAAGGUGUUGUAAAGGAUGUUCAUGGCAAUGGGAUCAAAGAUGCCACAAUCUCUGUCAAGGGGAUUCGGAAAGAUAUCACCACGGCUGAAGGUGGAGACUACUGGCGUCUGCUGAGUGCUGGUACUCACAUCGUGACAGCCACUGCCAAAGGUUACUCAAGGGUCAGCAAACGGGUUCAUUUGCCUCACAGCUUGAACAAGGCAGGACGUGUGGACUUUGUCUUGAAGAAGGUUCCCCUGAAGCCGGAUAUUGACGACCACUUCUUCCCCACGACAGACACAUGGGAUCGAUUUGACCCUUACAAUCAGUUUGAACGUUACAGCGAGUCAUCUGUAGUUGAGGGUGGGACAGAGCGUCAGGAAAAGCCCUGGUGGUGGUCCUACUUCUCCCAGUCUGGCAUCUCGCCUCCAAACUGGCUGCUGCGAAAUGUCUAAAUUCACUUGAGGACAACACAAAUCUCAUUGUACCACUGUAAAACGCUUUUUGGAUGCAUUCUUGGAGCAUCUGAGAUGUAUUAACAUUGACUUCAACACCGCAAACACAAGUUUAAUGCUUUUGAAAGGACGUGACGAAACUGUUUUCUACCAGGAAUCACAUGUAACUCUAGUGAGCAUUUGAAGGUGAUGACAUCCCCAAAAAAUGGAACGCACUCCGCUGAUUUUCAGAAAAGUAAAGGCAGCUGCAUAAAAUAUGCUCGUUUUGUUC